AUGGUAGCAACCGCCGUUGGCUUGCUGUUACUGCUGACUACGGCGGCCAUCCAGUCGCCUGCCUCGGCUCAGUUCUGCCCGCCGUCAUACCGCAACAAGAACCCGGAGCACACGGCGUGCAAGCGGCGGAACAUGUGGUGCAGGAUAAAAGCCGCCGGCGUUCACCCCAAAAUUCGCGCCUCGAUCUUGAAGAUGCACAACGAUUUCCGGAGCCAAACCGCACUGGGAAAACUACCGGGCUUCCAGACGGCAGCUGACAUGCAGGAGCUGCUUUGGGACGACGAGUUGGCAACCGUGGCACAGGCUCACGCCACCCUCUGCACGACGCCGGACGGUGACCUGAAGAAUGAUAAGGUUGAGGACCGCUUUACGGAUCGCUUCGAACAGACGGGUCAAAACACGGCCUGGUUAGGCCGGCCCGGCUACGUCGAGGGACCCAACUGGACCUGGGCUAUGGACGGCUGGUUCACAAAAGAGUACAAACUCUACCCGCCGCGCGACGUGUCCAAGUUCGCUCCCGUAAAAGACGCCAAGAUAGGCCACUUCACCCAGAUAAUCUGGGCAAAGACGCACUACGUCGGUUGCGGCUACGUCUACUACAGCGUCGACGGGGCUCUUUACCCGCACAUGAAGCAAUACACUUGCAACUACGGCCCUUCUGGAAACUACAUGGGGCAGCCCAUCUACCAGGAAGGCCCGACGUGCAGCGCCUGCCCGAACUCCACUCAGUGCGACAAAGCCACAGGUCUGUGCAUUACGUCGCGCAGUCCUAAUUGGAAGACGCCCGCACCGACUCGGUCUCGACGACCUCCGGUUACCUCUCGGCCCCAGCCGCCCGGACUGCGCUGUCCGCCCUGUCCGUGCCUGCCCUCUACGCCGUCUCCGCCCGCGUACCCUACGCAGAGGCGGAACCCGCCGUACGCACAGGAUCCGGCGCCGAGGCCUUACCCGUUACCCUACGACCCGCGGCUGGGCGGUGGGCUGCCUCGUUGCAAGGAUAUGGAGGGCUACAAGCCAGGAAAGCCUGGGCAGCCGCCCUGUGUGGAGGGUGACUUUGGCGGCGUCGGAAGUGGUACUGGGUCCGACGACAGUGACGGAGCACACAGUGGACGUCCUGGCCGAGAUGGAGAUAUCUGGCUGCCCUUUGCUCUAGGCGUCGUCACUGGAUUGGCGGUGGUGGCGCUGUGUGUGCUCUUACUCUUAUGCCUCUGCAACACCCCUGCAGAUCACAUGGAAGCGAAGCUAUCGACCGGCGCGACGGUGACACCGGCGUACUAGGGCACGCCGGCGUAAGAAGUCUAUAGUGCCAAAGCGGGUGCCUCGGCUCACGACGGCCAUAAAUAUUCGAAGCCCCGCAUGCACAGGCCGUUUGCUGAAAUGAAGAAUUCGCACGGGCCACAGAGCGACGUGCCGGUGCGACGUUUUCAACUCCUGGCACAAUUCGUUACAGCUUCAUUGAUAGUUCUAUUUCCUUGCUCUCUUUUUUUUUUUCAUUUUCUAAAGAACGCAAGUGCCGAUUUCUCUAUGAAAUAUGAGCACUGUUAUGAACCAUAAAACUAUAUUAAUGAU